AUGAUCGGCGCCUUUGCUCGCUCGGCCCGUGAGUCGGUCCUGAGUAAUCGUAGAUCUUUUAAACUCGGCUCGUCGCAUCUAUCAAGACACCUUUAUACUCUACCAAUGUCCGCUCUCGCUCAAGAAAGAUCUGUUGCCAUUCAAGCUGUCUUGCAAGCCAGCAAAGUCUGCCAGUCCGUAUUCCAGCAUCUCGUUGCCAACGAAACCCUCACUAAGGGUGACAAGUCGCCUGUCACUGUCGCUGACUUUUCGGCUCAAGCCAUUAUCAACACAUACUUGCACAAGGCCUUCCCCAACGAUCCUAUCAUCGGUGAAGAAGAUUCCAAGGAUUUACGUGGUGAUGCCGGCAAAGUGCUCCGUGAAAAGGUGUACAGCUUGACCAAUGGUGUCUUGAAGGAUGACGAGAAACUUUCUGAAGAGCAGAUCUUGGAAGCUAUUGAUCGCGGCAAUUAUGCCGGUGGUGCUAAAGGACGUCAUUGGGCAUUGGAUCCUAUUGAUGGUACCAAGGGUUUCUUGCGUGGUGGACAAUACGCCGUGUGUUUGGCUUUGAUUGUUGAUGGUGUUGUGCAACUUGGUGUCAUGGGUACUCCCAACCUUGCUGUUGAUCCCAAGAAUCCUGAAGGCGAAAAGGGCACGCUCUUUAUUACAGUACGUGGUGAAGGCGCUUACCAGCGUUCAUUUGCCAAUGAAACCGAGACAAAGAUACAUUUCAAUGAUAUCAGCACAACUGAGGAGGCUACUUUUUGUGAAUCGGUUGAAGCAGGUCACUCUUCUCAUGGUGAUGCAGCUGAAAUUGCAAAGUUGCUUGGUAUCACCCGCCCUGCUGUGAGAAUGGAUAGCCAAGCCAAAUACUGCUCUAUUUCCCGUGGCGAUGGUGACAUCUACUUGCGCUUGCCCACUAGCAAGACCUAUGUCGAGAAGAUCUGGGAUCAUGCUUCUGGAUCGUUGCUUGUGACUGAAGCAGGUGGCAAGGUAGCCGACAUCCAUGGCAAGCCGUUGGAUUUCUCUAUUGGACGCACGCUUGAGAGCAAUAAGGGUGUUGUUGCUGCUAACGCAAAGAUCUUUGACCGCGUGUUGGAAGCUGUCCAAAAGGUGUUGAAAGUCCAUCCUCUUUAUAAUGCACAACUUUGA